AUGGCUCGCUCUCUUCUCUUUCUCGCCUUCCUCCUCUUCUUUCUCGUUGUCUCCGACUCCAAUUCCGACGUCGAAUACUCACCCCCUGAAAAGCCUAACCUGAGACAUCGGUCCUUGGUUCUGGUAAAUAUAUGGUGUCUGAUUGUCGUGUUUGCUGGGGGAAUAUCCCCGUACUUUCUCAGGUGGAACGAGGGGUUCUUGGUGCAAGGGACGAAGUUGGCCAGCGCUAUGUUUCUGGGAACUGGCAGAACUGCUAUGAUGCAUUUGUUGAGCGAUGCUAACCAAUCUUUUGAGGAGUUGAGUGGUGAAAAAUACCCGUUGGCGUUCAUGCUCAUGAGUUGUGGCUACCUGCUGGUUAUGUUUGCUGGUUGUGUGAUUUCUUUUAUUUCUGGGAAGCACACAAAUGGGGGCUGCUCUGAUAAACCCACCGUCGAUCUUGAGCUCCAAGGAAACGCCGAGGGUGGAAAUUUAAAUGGACAAUCAGAGUUGCAGAAGGUGAUGGAUGAAACCGAAAACCAUUAUUUCUUGACACUCGGGGACAGCCUGCUUCUGAUAUUCGUGCUGUGUUUCCAUUCAGUCUUUGAGGGGAUCGCCAUUGGAGUUGCAGGAGACGCCAAAGCCGCCGGUGAUUGGAAGAAUCUUCUGAUGAAAAUCUGGUUCCAGAAAAUAUUUGGCGCAAUUGCAAUGGGAAUAGCACUGGUGAGAAUGAUCCCGGAUCGCCCGCUCUCGUCCAGCAUAGCUUAUGCAUUAGCAUUUGCCAUUUCCAGUCCAGCCGGCGUUUCCAUUGGGAUUGUGAUCCACGCCACAACUCAAGGCUCUGUUGCGGACUGGAUUUAUUCAAUCUCAAUUGACCUUGCGUAUGGAGCUUUCAUAUUCAUUUCCAUUCACCAUCUGCUCUCCAAGGGUUACGGGCCUCAGCCGCCGGUGGCCGUGGAAAAGCCUUAUCAUAAGUUCCUGGCCCUUCUUCUUGGCAUCGGAGUCAUUGCACUUGCAAACAUCUCAUCUCAUCUGCGCCCAGCACCUAGUAGAACUCUUUCCAAAAUGCAUUUUGGUGUACGUACUCACCGAAUUACUGCUCAAACCGAAGGGGUCUCCACUGCAACAGACAUAGGGGAUCACCACCUCCAUUUUUCUCCAUAUCCUAAGGUCUCUGCUCUGUCCACUGCAUCUCAUAAUCAUGCCAUUGCUCUUGCCAAUCAAGCAAAUGAAAAUAUCCCACCUAGUAACCCUACUAAUCCUCUUGCUGCUGAGACUUCAUUUGUUAGUACCCAAUCCCAUACUCAUCUGGGUCAGCAACAAGACUCUGUUAUGGUGGCACAGAACCCAGGAGCACUGGACCUUCAAUAG